UGGGAUUUAUAAUAGCUUUGCAUCUUCUUCCUAUCACUGCCUCUGUCUUCAAUCCUUCGUUUCUCGAUCUCUUGGCUAGUCUCUUCUUCUUCUUCUUCGCAACUUCACCAAACCUCAAGAUGCAGAACGAAGAAGGACAAAUCACCGAGCUCUACAUUCCUAGGAAGUGUUCUGCUACAAACAGAUUGAUUACUGCUAAGGAUCAUGCUUCCGUUCAGAUUAACGUAGGUCAUUUGGAUGAGAGUGGUGUCUACAAUGGUCACUUCUCUACCUUCGCUCUAUGCGGCUUCACUCGCGCUCAGGGAGAUGCUGACAGUGGAAUUGACCGCUUGUGGGCGAAAAAGAAAACUGAACUUAAGCAAUAGAUGACAUGAUUACAUCUUUGCUGUGUUUCUUUUUGACAGAUUUUAUGUGUUGAGUUCAACCUUUCCCUAGAUAUUGGAUUAUUUUGAUCUUUGUAUUACGAUACUUGUUUUAAAUUUCCUUUGGCACCUUCAAUUUCAAUGCAUUCACCUAAAUUGCUAUCCA